AUGGCCUCCUUCACCACCGUCAUCAGGGUCGUAGCUACGGUGUGCGGCGUGCUCUCCAUCUCGCUCACCGUGCUCCGCCUAUACUACCGCUGGUACCGGAGGCAUCUCGGCUAUGACGACGCCUGGGCAGCAUUUUCGCUCGUUUCUGUCUUCUUCAUGAUCGCAGGCGCCUGGCUUAGGUCCCAAGAGAAUGUGACGAACGAGCAGCGCGUCAUCGGCUACUUCAUGCUCGACGUCUCCUUCACCUGUGUCCUCUGGUCCGCCCGCAUGAGCAUUCUUUUUUCGAUCAUGCGCAUCAUUCCCUACCUCAUGACUCUGCGUCGGUGGGCCUACGGUUCCGCCAUCCUUUUCGGGCUCAUGUGGAUAGUCAUGCUCUCCGAGAAGAUCGCAGUCUGCGAGAUCAACGACGCGUGGAAGACCAACCCCGAAGCGCAGUGCGUCCUCGGCAAGCCCGUCGGGGGCGUCGAGCUCGCCACUGACAUCACCGCGGACAUUAUUCUCGUUGCACUGCCGAUUUGGCUGCUCUGGGGCAUCAACAUAUCUGCUUCGAGGAGGAAACUUCUCAUGGCAAUCUUUUCCGCAAGUAUUAUCACCACCGUCGUGAGCAUCGUUCACACCUCGUACGAACUCGGACCAAAUCGCAACGCUGAGGGCAUUGCUGCUCAUGUCGAGGCGGACAUGUCCCUGAUCAUCUGCAACCUUGCCGUUCUCAUGACGUGGCUCGUGCGCACCAUUUUCAAGGGCGAAGACCUUGAGUCUGGCGGUGGCCUCUCGGACGGAUCGGGCGGGCGCAAGCGCACAGGGAAUCUCACGCAACUCACGUCGCUGCGCUUCGGUGGUGGGGACCAGCCAAUUGUGCUCACGACAACAGCAAUGGAUGCAUCCUCGUCGGAUCCGGACCACGAGCAUAGGCAUGGCCGCGAGCGCGGAUACGACGGCGAUGAUAGCAAAGACCAGCUGAACAUCAAGCAUGACCGACUGUCAAUCACCUCUCCCCCGCCUACGGAUGUUACGGUCACGUUCGGCGCAGAGCAGAUGGACGCGAAGAUGCGCGAGGACAUGCGCGAUAAUGAUCAGUACAAAGGCUUUGCCUUCUGA